AGUUUCACAAACUACCUUUGAAGUAAUAAUAUUAUAUAAUUUUAGUGACAAGCUUACUUAUUCAUAGAUUCUACAGGAUAAAUGCCAUAACUAUUUGUGCCGCUAUUUACAUGGAAAAGGUUUGCCAUUGACAUCUGCAGUCAUUUACUCAAACAAGUGACUCAAGCCAUCACCGAGGGUCAUUACAAAAUAAUGGCCGUUCCAGCAGGCACCAACCAAUGUCUCUCCCGUGUAGAGAUCAGAAUCUCAUGUAGCCACCUAGUGGGCAAAGAUGUACUCAGUAAGUCUGACCCCUGUGCUGUGGUGAUGAUGGAAACAAAAGGGAAAUACCAUGAGAUAGGAAGAACAGAACAAAUAAAAAACUGCCACGAUCCUGAGUUCACUAAAACGUUUGAAGUUGAUUACUUUUUUGAGGAAGUGCAGAAAUUAAGGAUUGCAGUUUAUGAUAUUGACAACCAAACUUCUCGGCUGGAUGAUGAUGAUUUCCUGGGGCAACUGGACUGCACUCUGGGACAGGUUGUCUCCAACAGUCCAUUUACCAGACCUCUACAAGUGAAACAGAAAUCUGAUAAGAAAAGUACAAUCACAAUAUUUGCUGAAGAGAUACAAGGGAGCAAUGAUGUGGUACAGCUGUCAUUCCGGGCUGAAAAACUUGACAAGAAGGACUUCCUCAGCAAAUCUGACCCUUACCUAGAAUUCUGCCGUGAAGCUGCUAAUGGGAAAUGGGUGGUCGUACACAGAACUGAGGUGGUUGAUAAUAACCUUAAUCCCCAAUGGAAGCCAUUUGAACUACCAAUCAGAACGCUGUGUGGAGGCCACUAUGAUAAAGUAAUAAAGGUGAUUUGCUAUGAUUAUGACGAUGAUGGGUCACAUGACUUAAUCGGGGAAUUUUCGACAAAACUUAGUGAAAUGAUAGAUUGCCCAAAAUCGUGGGAUUGUAUCAACCCUAAGAAAAAGGCAAAGAAGAAAAGCUACAAGAACUCAGGGGUGGUCCAUUGUACAUCAUGUAAGGUGGUGAAGGUUCAUUCAUUCCUGGAUUACAUAUUUGGUGGACUCCAAAUCAACAUAACUUUUGGCAUUGACUUUACUGCUUCCAAUGGUAACCCAGCUACCCCCCAGUCAUUACAUUAUAUCAACCCAUAUGAACCAAAUGAAUACAUGAAAGCAAUUCAAGCUGUAGGGAAUGUAAUACAGGAUUAUGACAGUGAUAAGAUGUUCCCCUGUCUUGGCUUUGGUGCAAGAGUUCCCCCAAAGAUGGAAGUCUCACAUGAGUUUGCCUGCAACUUCAACCUCUCUAAUCCUUUCUGUGCAGGUAUCCAAGGUGUGGUACAGACAUAUACAGCAUGUAUAUCUCAAGUACAACUAUAUGGACCAACCAAUGCAUCUCCUGUUAUAUACCAUGUUGCUCAGUUUGCUGCUGCAGCCCAAAAGGAGCCUGGUGCAAAGUCUUAUUGUGUGCUCUUGCUGAUCACAGAUGGCGUCAUCACAGAUAUGAACGAGACCCGCCAGGCAAUAGUUUAUGCCUCCCACCUUCCCAUGUCACUCAUCAUAGUGGGUGUCGGCAACGCAGAUUUCACUGAUAUGAAUGUGCUUGAUGGUGACAAUGGUGUGCUAAGAGGUCCUUCUGGUGACCCAGUCAAGCGUGACAUUGUGCAGUUUGUGCCUUUCAGAGACUUCAGAAAUGCAUCACCAGCUGAACUUGCAAGACAUGUGUUAGCUGAAGUUCCCCAACAAGUAGUGAAAUAUUUCAAGAUGCAUGGAAUUCCCCCGAAUGUCAGGCCGCAAUGAGGACCUUUGCAUUUCCAAAGGGGGAAACACUGAACGAUGUGCAGUAGAGUGGCGACUGGGGAAAGAAUUUUAUCUUCAACUUU